AUGGCAUCAUCUGAGUUAGGCUCGAGUGGGCUGAAAAGGAAGAUACUUAGGGCAUGUUUGGCAUCACUUGGGGUGGUUCUCUUGUUGUGCCUCAUAUUCAUCUCAUUUACAUGGAAGAAGAAGAAGAAUAGAGAAAAACAGCAACAAGUGCAGCAACAACAACAGCUAACUAGAGAAGGAUCACUAGGAAGCAGAUCAAGACAAUUCUACACAGUAGAAAAUGACAAUGUAGAUCUUGAUCUACCAUUGUUUGAUGUAAACACAAUAUUAAAUGCUACCAAUUACUUUUCACCUGGCAACAAGAUUGGAGAAGGUGGAUUUGGACCAGUCUACAAGGGUGUACUCAAAGAGGGGAAAGAAAUUGCUGUGAAGAGGCUAUCAAACUUUGGCGUUCUCGUUCUAGAAACCAUAAGUGGACAAAAGAACAGAGGAUUUAUUCAUCUAGACCACCAUCACAAUUUGCUUGGACAUGCAUGGAUUCUACACAACGAAGGACGCUCCCUAGAAUUAAUUGACUCACAGUUAGCUCAAUCAUGUUACUUAUCUGAAGUACUUCGAUCAAUGCACAUUGCACUAUUAUGUGUACAGAGAAAUCCCGAAGAUCGGCCAAGUAUGUCGAAUGUUGUACUAAUGUUGUCAAGUGAAGGGGCAUUGCCUAAGCCUAAAGAGCCCGGUUUUUUCACAGAAAGAAAUCUAUUUCACGAAGCUGAAACUUCAUCAAGUAAGCCUAUAGUAAGUUCUGGCAAUGAAUUGAGCUUCACGGUAAUGGAAGGCCGAUAA